UUGGCAACCUUUAGUUCCGCCUCCCGACACGAGAUGGCGUUGGCAGUGUCGGCGCUGACCGGCUCGCUCGCGGUAAUUGCGCGCGGCUAUUAUCUGGGCGGCGCUCGCCGCGCAUGGCGGCCGGUGCGAGCGGGAUGCACUCGAUAAUACGUAAAACAAAACGAGGAAGUAAUAAUGGUAAAAAACGAGCAGCACGCAAAUUAUAGUGAGAAAUGAGGCAGCCGGUAGCGGUGGGGGCUUGGGCUGUGCGGUGGGGGCCUUCGCGCGGCAGUCUUCGCUCGGCGCACGCAGACCGCCCGCGCCGCCUGCGCCGCCGCGAGUGCUGUGAGUUUGUGACAUGAACCGGCCGGCGCCAUGAGCGGCAAGGGCUCCUCCUCUCCGGACCUGCUCAUGAAUGUUAGUAUCGACCCCGUGUCCGCGGAUCACAAGGACAUGAAGAUCUUAGAACACCCGAGCUUACGCGGCACGCCGCUGGCGAUGUUGGCGGCGCAGUGCAACAAGCUGUCGAGUAAAUCUCCGCCGCCGCUGGCCGACGCGGCCGUGGGCAAGGGCUUCCACCCGUGGAAGAAGAGCCCCGGCGCGCACUCCCCGCCCGGCGGCGGCGGCGCGCCGCGCUCGCAGCCGCCCGCCUGCACCCCCUACGGCCGAGGACCCACGUCGUGUGCGGCGCCACCCUCCUAUGGAAACGACCUCUAUUUCCCGUCGUCCGGCGAUCAACUCCUAGGCAAAAGCGAAUCCAGUGCGAGUCUCGGCUCGAUGUACUCCCGACACCCCUAUGAAUCGUGGCCUUUCAACGUCGGCGGUGGCGGCAGUAGUGGUGCCUUAAAAGCUGCUGAAAUGGGCGGCGUGGGUGCCGUCGGCGGUACGUGGUGGGACGUUCACAGCGGAUGGUUAGACGUCGGGGGACAGAUGGCAAAUUACGCGGGCCAAGACUACUCGCAAUUAACGCAUUCACUAUCCGGUGGUGCUCACUUACUACCCCCUGCCCCUCACCUGCUUCAAGACGCAUAUAAGUCCGUGUUGCCGACGCAGGGUUCAUUUGGACUGCACGGGCCGGGUUCGCCGGCGCCACCCGCGCAGGCUCCCUCUCCCCGGUCGCAGCGCCGGUACGCCGGCCGAGCCACUUGCGACUGCCCCAACUGCCAAGAAGCAGAGAGGCUAGGCCCCGCAGGCGCUCAUCUAAGAAAAAAGAACAUUCACAGUUGUCACAUACCCGGCUGCGGAAAAGUGUACGGCAAAACGUCCCACCUAAAAGCCCACCUUCGCUGGCACACAGGCGAAAGGCCUUUCGUGUGCAACUGGCUAUUCUGCGGCAAGAGGUUCACGCGCUCCGACGAGCUGCAGCGGCACCUACGUACGCACACCGGAGAGAAGAGGUUCGCGUGCCCAGUGUGCAAUAAGAGAUUUAUGCGAUCAGAUCACCUAGCGAAACAUGUGAAAACGCAUAACGGAGGUAAAAAAGGCAGUUCGGAUUCGUGUUCGGACUCGGAGGAGAACAGCCAAGGGGAAGGCGGCGUGGGCGGACGGUCGCCGGAGCACCCGCUGGACGUGAAGCCGGGCUCGCUGGUGUGACGCGCGCGCGCGGCCGCGCCGCCCGCGCCGCCGCUGCCGCUGCCGCUGCUGCACCACGCACCGCUCCUGUGAUACUGCCGCCCGCGCCCCGAGCCCGGGCCUGUACAUACCACAUAUCAGAACAUUGUACAUAGUAACGUGCUCCUGUAAAAUAGACAAUGCGGUACCUAUUGCAGCCGUAGUGUAUUUGUUGUGAGACUUAAGUGUUGUACAGUAUAGAACGUUAAUGAUAUAGUAAGAAUUAUAAGGUUAAUUAGAUUAAGUAGAUCACACUCUUUUAGUCCAAAAUUACAGUUCAUUAUUUAUUACAUUACUUUAUACGUAUAAUAAUACCUCAAUUGAUAUGAAUGAAAACGAAUUUACUGUCGGACCCUGCUAAUGCUUAUGUUCUUGCCUGUAAUUUAUGUAUGUAUAAAGAUAACUAUUUUACAUGCAGUUUUGUGAAUAAUAUGGCUCCUACUUAAUGGUAGUUUACUUAAGCCGGGCUGCUGGGUAUAUUGACUUUGCAAUAUUAAUUAGAUAUAUGAACUGUACGGUCAAUGAAUAUGCCUAGGAAAAUAUCAUCAUUGACCAAAAAUCGAUAAACUGAGACACCGACAAAACGACUUUGUGCUUACUCUUAAAAUAUAUACGAGACUAAAAUAUGCACUAGAUAACUAAUUGUUUAAUACAUCGUUAUUUGCUAGCGCAAUUAAUUUAUAGAUACAUCUGUGUCACACUGUCAUUUGCC